CUCUAAACAAAUGCCUUAGGUUAAUACAGUAGAGCACAUUUUGCACUAUUUUUCCUAUGUCAGGUGUGGCUACAAAACUGAUUGGUGAAAUUUUUAAGAGGCACUAUUUCACCUUCCAUAAACUUCAGUCUGUGAUCAUUUUGAGGAGUGGCAGGUGACAGUAACAACUGAAGAAAAGCAGGGUAAGCAGACAUCAUUAUGAACACAGCCAAGUUCUUCUUGGGAGCCCUGUUCCUGGCCAUAUGCUUCAAUGAUUGUCUUUCACAAACUUUUACUUCAAAUGCACAAUCAUGCAGUUACUGCAAUUCAACUGUUUCUGCUUCUUGCAACCAACAAUCAAACUAUGUCAUCUGCUCCUGCAACGCUGACUAUGUCGGAAAUGGUUUCAGCUGCACAAAAAGAGUAUUUUGUGACAGCAAACCAUGCUGUCCACAAGGGUAUUCCUGGAAUACGGCACAAAAAGCAUGUGUAGAUAUAAAUGAAUGCAGCAGUAGUUCAACAAAUGUGUGUCUCACCGGUUGUACAAAUACACCUGGCUCAUACAGGUGUACUGCUGACCCUGCUAACCCGCCAUGUCCUACAAGUGCCUGUCCUACCGGUAAUGACUGUAUAAAAGAUCAGAGUAAUACAAGACAAUGUAUUGAUCCUUGUUCUAAUUACCAAGAGCUGGAUGGAUCAAACCGACUCUACACUAUCAGCUCUUCUGGAAGAUUCUCCACUGACAAAUAUUACUUUGGUUGGUACCGCUACAAGAAUGGACUAAGGCUGAGGCAAGGCUGUGUGUCAUCUUUAAAAUGUGGUUCCCUUCAGCCAUACAGUAUAAGUAGCCACCCAAGUAUUUAUGACGGUGUGAAAUCAAUUGCUCUGUAUUCUAAUACAUUAUCAGGCUGCUAUACUGGGCAAAAUAUUUCUGUGAAAGCCUGUCCUGGAGGAUAUUAUGUGUACAAGUUUUCAGGGCUUCUGGUGGCCGAGGAUUACUGCACAGAAGUAUCACCUCUACUUACAACUACGACAGCUACUACUACUACUACCACCACCACUCCAACCACAACAACUACUACUACAGCUGCCACAACCACCACCACUCCAACCACUACCACUCCAACCACCACCACUCCAACCACUACCACUCCAACCACGACUACCACCACCACUCCAACCACUACCACUCCAACCACGACUACCACCACCACCACCACUCCAACCACUACCACUCCAACCACCACCACUCCAACCACUACCACUCCAACCACUACCACUCCAACCACGACUACCACCACCACUCCAACCACUACCACUCCAACCACUGCCACUCCAACCACGACUACCACCACCACCACCACUCCAACCACUACCACUCCAACCACGACUACCACCACCACCACUCCAACCACUACCACUCCAACCACGACUACCACCACCACCACUCCAACCACCACCACUCCAACCACAACCACUCCAACCUCUACUAUCACAACCACUACCACUCCAACCACCACCACUCCAACCACUACCACUCCAACCACUACCACUCCAACCACGACUACCACCACCACUCCAACCACUACCACUCCAACCACUCCAACCACGACUACCACCACCACCACCACCACUCCAACCACUACCACUCCAACCACGACUACCACCACCACCACUCCAACCACCACCACCACUCCAACCACAACCACUCCAACCUCUACUAUCACAACCACUAUCACUCCAACCACAAACAUUUUAACCACCACCACUCCAACCACUACCACUCCAACCACCACCACUCCAACCACUACCACUUCAACCACUACCACUCCAACCACGACUACCACCACCACUCCAACCACUACCACCACUCCAACCACAACCACUCCAACCUCUACUAUCACAACCACUAUCACUCCAACCACAAACAUUUUAACCACCACCUCUCCAACCACUACCACUCCAACCACCACCACUCCAACCACUACCACUUCAACCACUACCACUCCAACCACGACUACCACCACCACUCCAACCACUACCACUCCAACCACUCCAACCACGACUACCACCACCACCACUCCAACCACUACCACUCCAACCACGACUACCACCACCACCACUCCAACCACCACCACUCCAACCACCACCACUCCAACCACAACCACUCCAACCUCUACUAUCACAACCACUAUCACUCCAACCACAAACAUUUUAACCACCACCACUCCAACCACUACCACUCCAACCACUACCACUCCAACCACGACUACCACCACCACCACUCCAACCACUACCACUACAACCAUAACAACACCAACACCUCCAGGCAUUACAACCUCUUCCUCUUACACCACAAAAUCACCAUUUACUACACAACCAAUUGUGAUAUCAACUACAGACAUAUAUCCAGAAGAGAACAUAACUGUUACAACAGUACGAAGCACAAGUACAUUAAGUGUCCGCAUUUUAUCACAAUUAAUAAAUAACAAAGAGGUAAAAACCCUAGAACUAAAUGAAACCACUACUGUUAAUGUUGAGAUGAAGACCAUCAGCGCUAGUGAAAUCAACAUUAAAACCACAAACUCCAUAUCCCCUACUUCAAUCUUCAUUCAUGUUGGUGGUGAAGAACCUCAAUCCUUUAACAACCAAACAGAUACUGUGAUUCAAACAAGUGAAAGAAAAAUCAUAAACACAGAACAGUUUAAUCCUGAUGCCUACUGCAGCAAAGCAGCAAAGAUUAACACAGUCACAGAGACAUCUGCCAAUGCUGGAGACCUUUGCUCCAUGGACACAUCAUCUUCCACCACAACAACCACGACUACAACUGAGGAAGUCAUUGUGCUAGGUCCUGAUGGAUUCUCCAAGAGCUGUGCUAACUAAUAAUGUUGCUACAGUAUAUCUCGAUGCCAAAAUUCUUAUUAUUGAUUUUGACAACUCAACCAGAUGAAAUUAUAGCAGACUGCCAUAUUCUUCCUUGCUAAAGGGUAUAUGACAUUUUUUUACUUUGCUUUAUGCAAUAUACUGUUGUCAUAUGAUAGAAAUUAGAAGUUGUUAUUUUAAGAUGUAACAAAGCAAUUCUGUUACAUUCACGGGGCUUAUGUAAUAGCUUGCCUUUACAUAACACCGGGUUGGUGUUGUCUUUCAUAUGAUUGCAGUUUUAAAAAUAUGGGCAACCUUGCUGGAAUCUUGCCAUUACAUAAGCUCCUAGGUACGAAGAACAAAAGUAGAAAUAAACAUUUUUCACUUAGCAAAUUUUGGCAGGUUAACUGAAAUAUCAAGCAAUAUUAUAACACAUACAUACAGUAGCAUAUCUGCUAAUAGAGUACAAUACUACAUAUGAGCUAUAAACUGACAUUGCUCAUAGCUUAGGGCACUAUUUCUCACCAAGAAAUGCAAAUUUGCUCAGUAACAGUAGACACAUUGGUGCAAAUUAACCAUGUAAAGGAAAAUGCCUCUUACCACAGUUUGGAUUUUUAAAUACACAUAUUAUGAUUCAUAUUUGGGUAAAGAGAAGCUUCUAUUAUCUAGAAAAUACAGAAUUUUUGUAUUACUUUAUAUUAAAUUACAUUCCAAUUAGCGAUGGUAGCAGAACUAAAAGUUUACAACUACCCAAAUUUUAAAUGUAAAAUCUAAAAUCUAUCAUUUCAUUGUUUCUAUGAUUAAUGUACUCAAACUAUAUUACUGUAUUUUCCUUUUGGCUUCUUGUGAGAUAUACAGCUACAGUGUAUUUCUUUAUAAUAUAUUUAGUUUAUUUAAGAGGUUUGUAGAUUAUUUUAGUAGAUCAACUACAUGGAAAGUUGAAGUUUUAUGCCAAUUUGUCAGUUGAAAUAAAGCUUCUGUCCAAUGUCAAAUUGUAGCAUGAACAUUAAGUUCUGUUGGUAUGAUUUGCUUGCAUAAUGUUUAUAAUCUUACUGGGUAUAAAUAAAGGGUCACUUCUUGUGCACGCAUGUUUGACUGACUAUCCAUUGGAAGAGUAUGUAGACAUAAACAUUACAGUAUCCAUCA